CGGUACUUUGACUCAGGCCCGAGCUGCGGUAGUUUCCUUCGACCUGGCAAGGUGAUUGCAGGUGACUUUCCCCCGCUUGAUGACGGGCUCAUGAGUGAUGAUGAAAUGUAGGCCUCUCUCGGGACCAUACGUAGCGUCUCUACAUUCAAACUUGGCUGUGAAGAAGCAAAGCAAAAUUUCAAAAUUUGAGCAGCGAAGAGUCAACAGAAGCUAUCAUCACGACUGCCAGAAGCUAAAAGACAAAGGCUCAUGGACAUCUUUGGACAGGGAGGGGCGGCUCAACCGCAGCAGGUACCUGCAGAUUUCGACGCCGAGAACGCCGGCAAUAACGAGGAGAUUGAGAAGCAAUUCGCCGUCAAGGCAGUACAACACCUCGAGACAUACUGGAAGCUGCUGAGCCUGCGAAAGGGCUCAGAACUCAAGCUGACUUCCAUGGAUGAUGCAAUCUAUCUGCAUUUGUGUAAUGCGCUACCGGAGUAUACAACAAAAGAAGGUGUCAGUGUGAUUGACGAAGACAAGAUGAAGUCGCCUGGCGGCAAAAAGCUAUGGCGCGAAUUUAUGAUGCAAUACGAGCAUACCGUGGAUGACUACAAUUUUGGAUCCCUCCUGCGUGCAGAUGUGAGCAAGGGUUAUGAUGAGGAUAAUUCAAUCUUCGUGCCAAGGAUGCAGUUCUUGGCCAUUGAGAUUGUCCGCAAUCGACUCGGCCUGAAUGACUGGGUCUGCGAACGAUGAAGGCGUAAAUGCCAAGGCUUCAUCUCUUUAACGACUACUGGCAACGUAUUCUUUCGAUUGACAUAAUAUCCUACUUCAAGUUUCUUCCGAAGCCUGCAAUGCCUGCUUGGCUAUCCACUUGCCAGCUUCAUCAAGCAUACCAUCCAAGGCUUCACCACCAGCCAGGACACCUUCCAGGUCAUGACUACUGUAUCCACAUCGAUGAUCCGUGACCCGAUUCUGCGCAAAGUUGUACGUUCGA